UGUUGUUUUCAUUUGGUUGUUUAUUUAUUUGCAAUUCUCACUUCGCGCCGAUGUUUUUCGAGCACAGACGUGUUUCAUUGAAUUACAUGCCGGUUACUCUUUCUCAAUUUAUUUUUGCUCUCGCACUACAUUUCAACCAAAUCUGUACAGCCAAGGUUUAGUUAAUUGCUGAUCUCAUUUUGUUGCCUGCCUGCAAGUCCUCUUCUACGUGUAAUCACUUAAAUCGGAGGCUAAAAUGCUGGGCGGCAGCGUGCUCUGGUUCCGCCACGGGUUGCGGCUACACGACAAUCCUUCCCUGACCAACGCCCUUGAAGACAGGAAUAUCCCAUUUUUUCCCGUUUUCAUUUUCGACGGAGAAACUGCUGGUACCAAGGUUGUGGGUUACAACCGCAUGCGCUACUUGUUGGAGGCCCUGAACGAUCUGGAUAACCAGUUCAAGAAGUACGGUGGUCGGCUGCACAUGAUUAAAGGAAAACCUGACGCCGUGUUCCGAAGUCUCUGGGAGGAGUUCGGAAUUCGUAAAAUAUGCUUCGAGCAAGACUGCGAGCCGAUAUGGCAAGCCCGUGACGAGUGCGUGAGGAGCCUCUGCCGUAAGAUAGGGGUAGGGUGCCGCGAGAACGUCUCCCACACCCUGUGGGAUCCCGACACCGUCAUCCGUGCGAACGGGGGCAUUCCACCCCUCACUUAUGAGAUGUUCCUGCACACCGUGGGCAUCAUCGGGAACCCUCCCCGGCCUGUGGAUGACGUGGACUUGACGGGAGUCAACUUCGUGACUCUUACCGAUAGAUUCUACAAGGAGUUCACUGUAUAUGAUACGGUCCCGAAACCUGAAGAUCUGGGAAUUUUCUUGGAAACUGAGGACAUCCGCAUGAUACGCUGGGUAGGAGGUGAGACGGCCGCUUUGAGCCAGAUGCAGAAUCGCUUGGCUGUCGAGUAUGAGGCAUUUUGCAGAGGCGCGUAUUUACCAACACACGGCAACCCGGAUCUGUUGAGCCGGCCGAUAUCACUGAGCCCUGCGCUUCGUUUCGGCUGUUUGUCCGUACGCCGGUUCUACUGGUGUCUUCAGGACUUGUUCCAGCAGGUCCAUCAGGGACGCGUCGCCACCACCCAGUUCAUUACUGGUCAGCUGAUCUGGCGCGAGUAUUUCUACACGAUGAGCGUCAACAACCCUCAAUACGCCCAGAUGGCUGGCAACCCCAUCUGCUUGGACAUCCCGUGGAAGCAGCCCGAGAACGAUGAGUUACAGAGAUGGAAGGAAGGCCGUACGGGUUUCCCGUUUGUGGACGCGGCAAUGCGUCAAUUGCGCACUGAAGGCUGGUUGCAUCACGCGGUGCGAAACACUGUCGCGUCUUUCCUCACGCGUGGGACUCUGUGGCUUUCCUGGGAGCAUGGCCUAGAACACUUCCUCAAGUAUCUUCUGGAUGCUGAUUGGUCUGUCUGCGCUGGCAACUGGAUGUGGGUGUCCUCCAGCGCUUUCGAAGCGCUUCUGGACUCCAGCGAGUGCGUCUGCCCGGUGCGGCUCGGACGUCGCCUGGAGCCGUCCGGCCAAUACGUGCGCAGAUAUGUGCCUGAGUUGGGCAACAUGCCGGUAGAGUACAUCUACGAGCCGUGGAGUGCUCCGCUGGAAGUACAGCAGAAUGCCAACUGCAUCAUCGGCCGCGACUAUCCAGCGCCUGUAGUCGACCACCGCGCCUGCGCUCACCGCAACCGCAACGCUAUGCAGGAGUUGCGUCGUACUCUCGAGAAGGCACCGCCGCAUUGCUGCCCGUCGUCGGAUGACGAAAUCCGUCAGUUCAUGUGGCUCGGGGACGAGAACCCCGAGGAGGUCGACACUACCUCCUAAAUUGACGGCGAACGCGUAGGUUAUUGCGUCCAGUACUACCACUUUUAUACGUUACAUCGACUAUAUUCGUAAGCGCAGAAAAGAGUAUUCUCACGCCACCACACUUGGCUCAACUUGACCAGGGCCAAAGACCCUACCAUUCUGAUACCCGGGCCCUGUAGAGGGCCACUAAUGGGUUGAUAAUGAAGAUGAUGAAACAUAACAAAAAGACUAUCGCAUGCAUACUAGCAUGGAUUUAGAACAUAUUUUUAAUGGUUUCAUCGUAAAAGAAGCCAAUACGUUGAUCAUCCGAAAAAGAUAUUAUAUUACGUGUUAUUUCAUCUUCGAUCUUAUUGAGAGGGCAUCUCAAGGACAAAUAAUAACCAUUAGUAAUAAAAACCAGACAACUUUUCUGCCAAGUCUUAUCUUUGGUAAAUUAUCGAUCGAAGACGGUACGUCGUUGUAACAUAUAAAUGUUGUAAUACUGUAACACACUCGCAUUUAUCAAAGCCAAUUUAUAAAGCUGGGAAUUUUUUCACAUAAUAUUUUACGAUUUGUUUUGACAAGACCAUUGUAUUUAUUGUAUAAUGCGCUGCCAGUAUCAAUCUCUUUAACUGAGGAACUUUUGCGUAAGUUACGUAUCGUGGAAUAAAUGACUUGUCAUAUAAUAACACUACAACUUACUAAGGAUGUUCCUUAAACGACAUCUUGAAAACUUAGUGUGUGGGUUUAACAUAACGCGCGAUGUUCCGUUGACAUUGUCCCCGUAAAAUUGAGCGUAAAGGUAUCUAAACUGACAGAUUAGAGACGGUAGCAUCACCGAAUCUGCAACUUAUCGGAAGUACCACACAAAGUUCAAGAGAAAAUCGCGUUUAUGUCGAUGACAAUUCGCGUAAAAGCUACCGAGAUUUAGCCACAGGUCGCCGGACACGAAUUCACCGAGCUGUAUGGGGCUGCGGUUUUUUUGAGAGGACUCUUUAAGAUGUACCGCGACAUGUCUCUUGAUACUUUACAUUGUCCCCUAGUAAAUACACGCCUCCCGCGUUAUCCCAUGUUAUUUUGGGUCGAAAUAUAGAUAGAUUCUUCGAGCUUGAAAGCCGACUUCAUAUUUUGGUUCUGCAGACUUUUUACGUCUGUCUAACUUUAAGAAUACUUUUGAGGGUGGAAUAAGCGCCACCGGUUCAAUGGUCGUUAUCGUCUUUAGUCAGAAAGUCAGUCAGUUUGAGCAGAGCGUCCGCGUGCCAUCAUUCCUGACCCUUUGGGAGAAGUUUCUCUUCGUAUUAAACUCUAUAUCUCGUAAAAAAACAAAAACUUGGGUGUACUUAUGUACACGCGUUAGAAGUUAUACUUCUUUGGCGUAACAAUAUAAAAGUCAUUUUAUCUUGUUAAGAUAGUAUCUUUCGCCCUAAUUACGUAUGUGGAAAAAACGACACUAAUCAUAGAAAAGAGGUAAUUAAUACAUUGAAAUUUUUAUUAUAACGCAUUAUCUUAGUUAGUUGUUAAGGACUAAUGAAAAAUUUCUCGAUAAAGUAGCAAGACCUUAAAAAGGGUCAAAGUAAAUGCGAGUGAGUUGCGCAAUUGCCUUUUGAGGUACAUUUUAUCAGAUUUUUGGCUCUCCUAACGGUUUCUUGAUCUAAAUGUGUGUGUGUAGAUGUGAUUGUGUAUCGUAGCAGUGUUUUUGAUGUUUGUGUGUAAUGAUGAGUUUACACGGUCUUAGUAACUUAUGCGUAGUAGACAUUUAUAGUAAUAUCCUAUCUUUGAACAUCCUGUAUUAGUUUGGUAACGUAUCCAUGCCACUUGACCCGUUCUGAGGGCGAAAGGGCGUCCCCAACCUUAUUAAGCCAGCGGUGCACUAACCAAUUAAGAAAUUUGUCACGCCUAACCUAGCUUGUUAACUAGGUAGGUAAAUGUAUAGUUACUUGUUAGUAAGGCAGAUAGGCGCAAAAAAUAAAACAUCCUCAUUAUGAAACUCUUGGUCCACCCUCUUAUAUGGAUGUGAAAGGUGGGAAUUAAAAAAGGAAGCGAGCAACCGACUUCAAGCAUUCGAAAUGUACCGAGAAAUGCCCCAAAUCAUGUGGCACAGUUUCACAUCUAAUUAGAAAGUACUAAAACGUGGGGGGAAAGACCCAGAACUGAUGUCCACAAGUAUGCGCAGAAAAGUAGGUUUUUGGCCACCUACAAAGAGGAGACCAGUUUUCCUUCCCGAGACUUGUAUUAGAAGGUGUCAUUAUUGGGAAGAGAUCUCCAGGACGUCACAGACGCAAAUGGUUGGACUAUAUAAGCGGGUGGACCGGACUUUAUAGUUACCGAGAUAUAAAGAAAGCGCGAAUUAAUAGGGAAGUUUUUCGAUUGGUGGCCGCCAAACUUCAAUUUAAAGAUGACGGCACCCGAUGAUGAUGAUAUUCAAACUAAUCAAACUAUAAUAAAUAAUACAUUUCAAAUUGUUAAUCCGCUGCAUAGAAACCAUUAAAAAAGUAUUUUUUGCUUCGCGGUGUACUUUCUACGGCGCCCAAUUUGGGAAAAGAUCUCUGCCCUAGUCAAUAUCUCUUGCUUUUACGAGCCUUAUUGAAAUAUGAGCCAGAUUAAUUAUUUCAAACAGUAUUUACGAAUGAAUACGUGCACUGGCGUGCAUAUAGCUUCUGACCGGAAUAUGCAUAAGGCAGGAAGAUGGCAUAGUAUGGAAAAAUCCUAUGCAAGUUGUAUCAAAAAAUUAGGGUAGGCAAUGCUUUAGCGCAUGUAUGAAGAUCACGCCACUGACUACGGGAAAACUAGAUGGAGAGGGGUUUUCGGCUUAUAAUACGGCUUAUACGAGAGAGGAAAUUUGAAAAAUGGGUCGUAGGUAUCAUAGUUACGUUCCUUUAGUGUUGGGCCAGUGCGAAUAAUCGAUCCUAUUUACUUAGGGACUGGUAGAUAUCCCCAUCAGUUUAUUAUAAACAGCUUCGACAAGUUCUUGCACCACAAGUGAAACAUGUCUAUCGUUGAUCAAUACCUUCCUACUAAUCACAAUGUUUAGACGUCUACUUCUCACUUGACACUGGUUUGUUCUAUGCCUUGUCUAAUUUAGGAUGAUAAUUUUGACAGCUCAUAAAUGGGAGGAGCUAAUGCGUAUGAGUGUUAUUCUAUUAUCGAUUAUUAUUUUCAUGGAACUUGGAAUCGAAAGUUGUAUG